UAUAUACUUUUCACCCAUCUUUAGAUUCUUGCUUCUAGGUAUUGGUGGUGAUUGUAUUAUGGAAAUUUAGGGAUCUAAAAACCAAUGCAUGCCCUAUUGGAAGUUAUGAAAUUUGAAUCCUUGUGCUGCAGCUGGAAUAUUAGAAUAUCUAAUCAAGGUUGUUGUAGAGGGAAAGACACGUAUACAUAGCGCUACUUAUUUUUAAUGACUUACGUGCACCUGCAGGUUGGAGAUUCUGAUCAAAAGUUGGCAGAAGGAAUUUCCGUGUGUUCUAUUGUAGCUGAUAUGCGAGGAAAAGCAUCAAUUAGUGGUCCUCUAAUAACUUAAGGGUCAUGACAUUAUGGUUUUUUUGUUGGUUUUAUUUUAGUUUUGGAUCAAUACACAUUAUGGUUCAUGCUCAAUAAGUGUCGAGGUUUCUGUCAUCAUCAAGUCCUUUCUCCCCAGGAGCAUGCAAAAGGAGGAAAGUGUAUUGUUUUCACUCAAACAAAGCGUGAUGCUGAUCGACUAGCUUAUGCUAUGGCAAGAAACUUUAAAUGUGAAGCUUUGCAUGGUGAUAUUUCACAAACCCAGAGGGAGACAACUCUCUCAGGCUUCCGAGAUGGGCGUUUUAAUAUUUUGGUUGCUACUGAUGUUGCUGCUCGAGGGCUUGAUAUACCUAGUGUUCACCUGCUUCCUAGGGUCGAGGUUGAAGGCUGAAGCUCUGGCAUGUUCAAUGAGAUGGGAGCUGGUGGUCGAUUUGGGUCAAAUGGAGGUACACGAGAUAGUAUAUAUGGGCUUUUUCCUUUCUGGCAGGCAGGGAGAAUAUGGAUUUGGCCGUCCUGGAGGCAACAGGGGUCCUGGGUCUAGUCGUAGUGGUGACUGGUUUUCUGAUGAGAUGGGUGGCUAUGCAGGAUCUACCUCUAGUUGCUUUGGUUCUAAUCAUCAGUCUGGAAACUUUGGUGGAUUUGGGGAGCUGGGUAAAUCAGAUCAUUCUGGGAGCUUUGGUGCAAGACGUAGUUUUGGAGACUUUGGUUCAGGCAAUCUAGGUAGGUUCGGUGAGAGUCGUUCUGGUCAGACUGACAGUGGCUUUGGGAGCUUUUCUGGUCGUUUUGGUGACAAUUGUUCAAAUUGAAUUAGUAGGAGCCAUGGUGAUUCUCAAUCUAGUCUUUUGGCAGCUCGAUGGGCUCUAAUGUUGAUGAUGAUCGAUUCACUAGACAAAGACCCUUACAAAUUCUUUAAGGUAAGCAUGAUGUAAGUAAACACAGCUAGGAACUCUACCUCUCUGUUGUCCUCUCUAACUAUAGCACUUUUUGCUUUCAACUUGAAAUGAACUUGGUAGCAUAAGUUGUGAAUUACAAACAUUUUGACAAGAUUGCCCUGUGCCAACUAAUUUUCUAUAUAUAUUCCUAAUGCUAA